UCGCGUCGUGGUCUGUUCUCUUCGCAAACAUGUCGCCCAUGAAGCUGUGUGUUCCAGGUGACAAACUAUGCAGCAGAGACGACUGCAUUCCCGGCACAGGAGUUUACCUGCGGCACGGCUACAUUUACUCCUCUCUGGCAGGCUAUGUGCUCAGGAAAAAUGAGGGCGAAGAGUUACCAGUGAUAUCUGUCGUGCGGGAAACAGAAACUCAACUGCUACCAGAUGUGGGCGCUAUAGUCACUUGCAAGGUCACAAGCAUUAACCCGCGGUUCGCAAAGGUCCAUAUUCUCUAUGUUGGUUCCACUCCACUGAAAGACCGGUUCAGAGGAACCAUCAGAAAAGAAGACGUGCGGGCGACAGAGAAAGACAAGGUGGAGACGUACAAAAGCUUCAGACCUGGUGACAUCGUGCUCGCCAAAGUUAUUUCUCUGGGCGACGUCCAGUCGAACUACCUGCUGACAACAGCUGAGAAUGAACUUGGGGUAGUGGUGGCUCACAGUGAAGCAGGCGCACAAAUGGUGCCGAUCAGCUGGUGCGAGAUGCAGUGUCCGCUCACACAUUCCAAAGAGUUCCGCAAAGUGGCGCGUGUGCAGCCGGAGUACCUACAGGCGUGAGGAGCCUGAAGUCUUCCUCCUCUCCCCACAUGGAACACACAGCUUCCCUCCUUUCCCUUCGGCUAGUCAACCAGCCAGAUGCAUUUGGCUUUCAUUCUCAUCGAGCUGUCUCUCUGCACGUGACAUCACAAGACUAGUUUCAUGUUGCAGUGUCUGAACUCAGAUCAGAGGGGUUUUGCUUGUGAAACUGCGGCUUGGACAUGACAGUCUGUCGGUGGUCAUGUAUGUUUGUAUCAAGAAUGAAUUCUGGAAGGUGCUCAUGUUUGCGCUAAACCUUCAGUGGGAUUGCUGACAGACCUUCAGGCGGGAGUAUUGAAGUUCACUGUAAGAUGAUCUACCUGAAUGUUCUGCAUCUUUUUUUUUUACCUUUCAAGAAAGAUUGAGCCUUUAAACAACAGACACAUGAAUCUUUGAUGUAAAACCAGAGCUUUUAUUCAAGAAGUAUUAAAAAGACUAUUGAAGUUGUCAAGCUUGUGUGAA